AUGGAUUUUUGGUCUCGAAUUAUAGGCGGCUCUCGGUCGUUGUCAACGAAGAGCCCUCGAGCAGCCUCCCCCACGGAGCGAUUGACAGCGUUUAAACGCACGUGUAACACACUACAACAAAUAUGGCGCUCCAGCAACUCCGCAACCGGGGAACAAGCGGCCACGGUACACGCGCGCAACUGCAUCGAACGCCUAAACUCUGUCCUAAGUGAUGAAUCUCGGGGUCCCGCACCGCAUCCUUGUCUCGCAUAUGCCGCGUCGUCUCAGAUCUUUGUCACCGUUACGAAACUCGCGCUCUCCUCCUACGAUGAGGGGAUGCUUCGCUCCGCAACGAUCUUCUUCAACACGCUGAUUGAUUCGGAGGUGGACGGCGUUGUCGAUAAUCGGCUUUUUGCGCGUGCAUUGGUAGAUCUGGUCCGCCGUGCGGACAAACAGUCGGAAGAUAUUGAGGGGCGGCUCGUCGAGCUGCUGUUCGGCGUAUCGAACAACAUCCGACUCCAGCCAACGAUUCUCCCUGCUUGGUUUGCUCCUCGGUCGGAUGACCAGGAUAGUGAGGUGUCCAGUGCGAACGGCGUUGAGUUUGCGGGUACAAUGAGGAAGGACGAUUUUCCGUUAUUCUAUUUGUUGGUCGAGUAUGUCCACCACGCCGGCAGGGCAGGGGACUUUGCUCGGACGGGUCUCCUAUAUCUGAUAGAGACGGCCUCGCGAUCAAAGGAUCUAGAAAGGUGGUUGAUUGAGAGUGACCUCGCGACGUUGAUGGCUACCGGGCUAGGCGCUCUCUACAGCCAGUUGGGCAGCCUAUCCUACGCCUCGGACGGAGAGUCCGAGAUUCCACACAUCAUAGCUCAUUCAGACCAUGCACAGCAAGAAACAGCGCUGCCGCCCGCGCUGGGCUUGUCGAUGGACUCAUUCAUGGCGUACCUUCUCUUCUGGCAGGAUACAAUUGACCACUGCAAAUCGGCUGAGGUUGUUGCGACUCUGUUGGACCACUUUCAAGUCUUGUUUCUGGAACAAUUACUAUACCCUUCACUCUUAGAGUCUUCUGAUGUCGAAGGUGGCUCAACAGCAGCAGUUCUCACCUAUCUAUACCGCAUUCUAGCCUCGAUUGAUCAAGAAGACUUGGUCCAUCGGAUUUUACACUUUCUACUUGCAUCUCCGUCUGAUUCAGACACACAAGUAGUGAAGAAAAACAAGAACAUGUCCGCCAGCCGGCGAAAGUCCCUUGACGUGCUCGCUGCAUUCUCGGAAGAGGCUGCAAGGCCGUCACCAUCUCUUUUUAAUCUGCGAGAUCUAGCUCUACUGGGUCUCCGAUCAUCUAACCGGCAGACGGUUCUAGCGACACUGCGGCUGCUGAGUGUGGUCCUGCAGCGUCAUCCCUCGUUUGCACGAUCUUUGAUCCGGACUAUCUCUGGCCAUCCCGCGAAGCAACGGAAUGUUGGAGCAUUGAACGCCGAGCUAGGGCAGCUGCUCGCCAUGGCCACCUCGAUCAUGAGUGAGCCUACGUUGGAUGAGUCUUUCGGAAACUACCUCAAGGAUGCCUCCUGGACACUAGAAUCGAGACUCUGUAUCAGCACGUCGGACAAGGAUUCCACGGAAAGUGAAGCCCUGGAAGUCCGUCAAGAUGAUCCGAUCAUUCGCGAGUUGUUGGACUGUCUUGAGACAUUUUUUACUAACUCUGUGAUUGUGAAUCUGGCGCUGACAGAAGUUCUUAUGAGCAUUGCAUCUUCGCAGCUCGUGGCUCUUGAUGGCUGGUUGCUUGUGGAUCCUACGAAAUACCAAUAUACCAAGCCGAACGACUCGGGCGAGGACGGAUUGCCAGAUAUCCUUGACCAGAUUAAUUCUGUUUAUGAGGAGCCUACUUGGUCUGCAGCAGACACGCCUGCUCUUACGGCCGUGUUAACCCGACUUGUUGCGCAAGUCCAGAACUGGAGGAAGACCAUUAAAGACUUUGAUAUACUGGUGGCGGCACGUCGUGAUCUUUUACAUGAUGAACAUGAGCCUGUCAGCGGCCCCGCCGAGCAAAAUCCCUUACCGUCCGGCUCGCUCGACCGGCCUUCAUCAACCACACCGAGAACCCCACAAUUGAACUCCGACCAAGCAACUCCUAGAGGCAGACGAGAUAAACAAAACUUUGCGUCUCCUCAGCGCAGCCUUGUCGGGUCUCCUCUACGGGAGCCCACUACCUUUUACUCGCCUCCUCCACGAGAUUCCUCCAUGGCCCAGUCGACCGCUGCAGAUGAACUGCGAAAACGGCUAGCGACACCGUUUCCUAUGGGUAGUCAAUCUCCGUCUGAACCAGACGGAGAUGCCGUCUCCAGCACUCUAAUACCAUCGGCUGGAACACCCGCCGGCGCAGAGGAUGAAGCCAUUAUCGAUGACGAGCAGAAGCCAGAACAGGGCUCUGCCUCCCUUGGCCAUGUCUUGACUAAUGUCGUGGUCUUGUACGAAUUUCUUCUAGAGAUCUCGGCAAUGGUACAGGCACGUGCUACGCUCUUUGAGGAAGCUGGUUUUCUCCCUGUAGGCAAUCCUGCCCAGCCGAAAGUCGAGUGA